AUCAUUAUAAAGGUCGCGGCAUACAGUCCAUCCGCCCGUCCGCCUUGUCAGUCUUUCACCAUCGCGCGAGUCGAUUCUACGUUAGCGCGCGUUUUGACACAACAAACAAAAUGUUGUUUUUCAUUACCUUUGCAGUGUUACUGGCCAGUGCGCAAGCCAAAUUUUACUCGGAUUGUGGAUCGAAACUAGCGACGGUUCAAGAUGUUUUUUUUAAAGACUGCGCUGCAGACGCGAAGGAAUGCGUGAUCAAGAGGAACAGCAAUCUCACUGUAUCUAUCGAAUUCACACCUUCGGUAGAAACCAAGACGCUGGAGGCAGUAGUCCACGGCAUCAUAAUGAACCUGCCAGUACCCUUUCCGCUGCCGCAACCAGACGCUUGCAUGGACAGCGGACUCGUUUGUCCCAUCAAGUCUGGCGAGAAAGUAACGUAUAAAGCAACGAUGCCUGUGCUUAAAUCCUACCCCAAAGUGAAGGUAGACAUCAAGUUGGAACUGAAGAAUAGCGAUGAUGAAGAUUUAGUGUGCAUUAUCAUGGCUGCGAGAAUUAACUGAGUUCCAACUAUCUUAGCUAGUAAUUACUUUAAAGAUACUAUUUUUUUUUUGUAUGUCGCAUAGUUUUAAGUUAUUUCAAAUUAAAAUUUUAAAGCCUUUAAUUAAAACGGGCUUACAAGGUUUGCAUAAAUUUUUUUAAAGAACUUACUGUCCAUAAAGAUUUGAUAAUUUUCUUAUUUCUUCCUAUUAUAUAACUUGUUUAUAAUUUUUUCUUAAUUUACUAAGUAUUAUGAACUGAGCGUAAUAUUUAAAAGGAUUGUAAUGACUUAUAUCAUUCUGUUCAUAACUAUUAUAAUAAGUAAGGAAUGUAAAUAAACUCCUGUGAUUUGCCGCCA